AUGCUGGCCGUUGGGCCUCUUGCCCCAGCCCCAGCCCUAGCUCCAGCCCCAGUUCGCGCUGACCAUCUACAUCUAAAUCUACAUCUGCACCCUAAACCUUUUACCCGCAGUCGGACGGCACCAUCUACCGGACCGAGUCGUUGCCAACUCGACGAGAUUGAUUUGAUGGAAUGUGGUAAUGGUAAUGGUACAGUCCCCAUCUAUUCCAAUUCAGCAACGCCGACAGCGGCAGCGGCUCCGUCGACAUCGUCAAUUUCCACUUCGACCUCGACUUCGAUCUCAAGUUCCACUUUGAUCUCGACUUCGACUUCGAUCUCGACUUCCACUUCAUCAUUAUACAGCACGUCGGCUUCGCGCUGGAAAGCCCUGACCACCCGGGACAGCCAGGCUAGUGGUGUGUUCGUCUACGCAGUCCUCACCACCAAGAUCUACUGCCGGCCGGAUUGCAAGGCGCGGCUUGCACGCAGAGCCAACGUCGUCUUCUACGGCACCCCCGACCAGGCAGAGCAGGCCGGCUACAGGGCGUGUAAACGAUGUAAACCUCGCGGUCGAGGGCCGAAACAUGAGCACACGACAGAUGCAUUGUCAUCGUCAGGAAUUGGAUUCCCGCCCUGUUUAUCCCAGAACCGGAGCACUCCUAGUACUGGUAGGUUGGCCGGCAAAGGCGAUCACGACGACGUUGCCAUGUCAACUCGUGCAGUAGUAGCUACGAAUGGCGACAGCUCUGGCCUUGGUGCUGACGCAGGCACUGACUCGACGCAACCUCCGACACAGUUGCACACCUACAACUCAGACGCAGACGCAGACGCAGAUGAUAUCCGGACCAAGAUCUGUCGAGCGGUCCAGCUCAUCCGAAACGCGGCGCUCGAGGGCACCACGCUCAGCUUGUCCCAGCUGUCCAAGGCAGUCGGCCUGAGCAAAUGGCAUCUGCAACGUGUCUUCAAGCGUCUCCAGGGCGUCACUCCGCGCGAGAUGGCCGAGCAAAUCAUCUGUACAGUAAAGAACGAGAACGAGACCGAGACCGUCACGCCUCCGAGUCUCGCGCUCGCCGGGCCUCACAGUCGUAAUGGCGGUGGUGUGGGAAAUGGAAGUGGAAGUGGCAGUGGCAGUGACAGUGACAAUUACCUGGCCCCGAGGGAAUGGGCGACAUCGACAUCUUUCCCGACGACAAGUUCAAGUUCAACAGGGCCCGAGAAAGAUCUUAAUACCAAUAUCAAUCCUGGCUAUAUCGACGCUCUAGACCCCUCCAUCAUCGACCCAGGCCUGGAUCUAUAUACGCAUGUGGACAUGGACAUGGACAUGGAUGUCGAAGUCUUGCUGGGAAACUUAUUUCCAGAGCUCUAUUCUGGCAGAGGGUACGUCGAUGUCGAUGUCGAUAUGGAUGUUGACGGCAGGGGAUGGCUGUCUGGGGGGCUUGCAAGUGGUGAUGGUGAUGGUGAUGGUGACGGUGACGGUGAUGGUAAUUUGUAUUCUUGCAUCUAG